CGGGUGGCUGGGACGACGCGGGGAUCCGCUCUUCCGCCCCCCGCCCUCCUCUAUUUAUGGCCUCCACCGCCCAAUCCACGCACCAGACCACGAACUCCGAUCGCCACUCCCCCAGAGAAAUCCUCCCUCCUCACCUCGAACGCUCCGGGAAGCAGCAAACGCGAGGCCGGCCAAGAUGUCGUGGCAGACGUACGUCGACGAGCACCUGAUGUGCGACAUCGAGGGCCACCACCUCGCCUCCGCGGCCAUCCUCGGCCACGACGGCACCGUCUGGGCCCAGAGCGCCGACUUCCCCCAGUUCGCGCCCGCCGAGAUCACUGCCAUCAUGAAGGACUUCGACGAGCCGGGGCACCUCGCCCCCACCGGCAUGUUCGUUGCAGGUGCCAAGUACAUGGUUAUCCAGGGCGAACCUGGCGCUGUCAUCCGUGGCAAGAAGGGAGCAGGAGGCAUCACCAUCAAGAAGACCGGGCAGGCGCUGGUGGUCGGCGCCUACGAGGAGCCCAUGACCCCUGGGCAGUGCAACAUGGUGGUGGAGAGGCUCGGCGACUACCUUGUCGAACAAGGCAUGUAGGCCACCCAUCAAUAUAAUGGCGUCCACGAUGAUCGAUCACACGAUUUUCAAGAUUCUCUUUUAAAUAUCUACGGAAAUAUAUGUGGGCCUUUUUUUUUCCUCUUCAAGCGGCUCUGGCGUCCAUCACUCAUGAUGACCAGUUGCUCUAACAAGUUCCAUUUGUAAUGCCUUUUCGGCUUUCCUUCUUCUUCUUCUUCUUCUUCAGUGGGUCCAUUAUUUUGGUUGUCGUAUGAAUUGUGUUGACAACAAAUUUUGCGCUAUGUUUCUUUCGAUUGUGAACUUAUAGUACCUUUUAUUUUAUUUUAUUUUGAAAAGGCCUCUUUGAUCGCAAUGCAAUCACAUAUAUUAAUCCU